AUGCGUUUCUACUCUGUCGCUCUGUUGACCGGCGCUACUGCCGUUGCUGCCGGUAACUCUGCAGACCUCCUUCUGCCCGGCUUCCAGGGCAAGGACCUCCAAGCUGGUAUCAUCGGCUCCGAAGGAGAUGCGACUACCUAUCGCAUCACCUGCCCCCAGACCGUGGCUGCCUCUGCCUGCGGUAUCCCCGGCGAGGGCAUGACUGCGAUUGCCGCCCCGACUUCCAUGCAGCUCCGCAACGUCGGCAUGCAGGGAACCACUGGAACCCUGUCCUGCAACAUCCAAGGCACCACCUACGCCUCUUGCCAGGCCUCCGCCGGCACCGCCACCCCCUCCGGUACUCUGGGCUCGGCCGACCUCAACUGGAUGCCCGUGACCGUCACCGGUCCCUGCUCCACCAGCACCCCAACUCCCACGUCGACUCCCACCCCGACCCCGUCUAGCACCACCGCGGUCGUGACUCCCACCCAAACACCCACCUCCACCAUCACCCCGAGCAUGACCCCCAAGAAGUCCUCCUCGGCUCUCAUCUCCACCCCGCUCGCCACUUCCACUCCCCUGGCUGCCCCCACCAGCGACGCAGCCAUCUCCGGAACUGGCGCGCCCUCCGCUUCCCCCUCGGCUUUCAACGCCGCCGGCCAGCUCGGAGGAAACCUCUGGACCGUUGGGGGUGCCGUUCUGGCCCUGGCUUGCGCUUUCAUCUAA